UUAUCGGACGGGAAACGGGCCCGACAGCGGAUCGUACGAACGGCUUUGAAAACUUGAACUCCUUGAAUUCGGUGCUGACCGCGAACGGCUGUCACGAUCUAUCCACCUUGAUUUUAUCGAACUCUAGUGUUAUGGAGAACUCUAGACUUCAGUAUAUAUUGAUUGUUCUGUUUGUUCUUGUGCUUAACCUUGUUAGACUUAUUCAAUGUAGAAGUAUGAAUACUCGCAAUCGUAACCGUCAGGCGUCCCCAUCUCCUUCUCCUCCUCGUCAGCACCAGGCCGCUCCGGCCAUGGACCUUACUCAGCUUAUCAUUCAGUUCCAAAGGAUGAAUGCACCAACCUUUGCGGGGACUGAGAACCCCACAGCGGUGGUAGAGUGGAUCAAAGAACUGGACAAGAUCUUCGCUGUACUUCCCCUUCCUGACCGUCAGCGGGUAUCCCUUGCAGCUUACCAGAUGAAGGAGGACGCUUCCGAUUGGUGGAUUGACCACUGGGCUCGGAGGCCAGAGGCGGAGCUCCAUGCACUCUCUUGGGAGCAAAUGAAGAUAAUGGUGCGCAGCAAGUUCCUUCCCCAGAGCUUUUGGGAUAAGAUGGAGCAUGAGUUCUACCACUUGCAGCAGGGCAGCUCUACAGUGGAUGAGUAUAUCCGCACUUUCACCCGCAUGUGCCUUUUUGCGGGCGACGCG